AUAUAAAUAAAUAAAAAAUGGUAGCGGGUGAUCGGCAGAAAGGAGGCGAAAGGAGAAUCGACAAUAAUGCCCUAAUUUCCGCUUUAACAAUCAAUCAACUUUCCCCUUUUAUUUUCAGUUUUCUCUCUAAAUCUUCUCUUUAACAACGAAAGAUUAAUUAAUUGAAUUGGUUAAAGUUUCAAAUUCAAUGCAUGUAGUCUACAUUUCUACAUCCCCAGUGAUUCUAUAAAAUAACCAAAACCACAAACUAAAUCUGAGGAACUGCCAAAAAUCUGCAGAGAUUAGAAUCAAUCACCGAUAUGCAAGCAUUCUUCAUAGUCUAUGUUUUAAUGCAUAUUCGGUUUUGAGGUUCCCGAAUCUUCUUCAAAUUCUCAGCUUUCUCGUCAUUGUUCCUCCCCGUCAAAGUUUCCUUCUUUGGGUGUAUCUUUGUUGGAUCCGAGUCAUUGCAAGAUUUAAUCCUUUUCCGAAUCUUAUCAUUAUUGGACACUCCUAUUUUCCUGGUAAUUGGGAUUGAUAGCCUCGAAUUUCACAAUUGUAUUUCUAGGGUUUGUGUCGGGUUGUGUUUGGAGAUAUCCUUUUGACUCCCAAUGAGAUUGACGGACAAAAGAUUGGUCCUCGGUGAUCGCAGUGUUCAAUUCAAUAAGUUCUGGGAUUGAUUCUUUUUGAAAGGGAAUAUUGCCUUUUAGCUGUUAGAUUUAUCCGUUUAAAUUUUUUUUAACUUAUUUUUUUUUUAAUGGUGAUGCGAGAAUAUCAGAGCAAGAUUUGGUGUUAUUAUGUUUAGGUUAAAGAAAUGUGAAGGCCCUGUGCGUUUCUUGUAUCAGAAAACUAGGGAUCAUUCUCACCAUAACAACCUUAUGGCUCAUUUAGUAGGUUAUGAUCCUUGUUCCCACUUGAGCAAGGCCUUUACUCAGUACCCUUCUUUUUCUUCCUAUAAUCGUGGCAGCUACUUGUCUUUCCCAUUUCUCCAUAACCUUGUUUAUGCUAAUGUUUUUGGGGUUAGCAAAAGCAUUGAUUUUGGUACUAAAGGUUGUAGCUUUGACUCCAGUGGUAGUUGUAAUGGUAAUAGUGAUAAGAUGUUUGUGAGGGCAAAGGCAAGGCCCCGUGGCUUUGCGUCUCAUCGUCGCCAACCGAUGUUAGCUGAUUUGGAGGAAAGGAAUUCUGCCAAGGGUGGUGAUCAUGAUGCCACUCUGGUUAAGGUUGAUAAUGGUACUUUAAAUGGAAGUCCUGUUAAACCUCCUAGUAUCAGUGAUCACCGGUUGUCCCAGAAACUUGUUGUUGCUGUUGAUGUUGAUGAGGUAUUAGGAAACUUCGUGUCAGCUCUCAACAAAUUCAUUGCAGAUCGAUAUUCAUCAAAUUAUUCAGUUUCUGAAUAUCAUGUGUAUGAGUUCUGUAAGAUAUGGAAUUGUUCACGUGACGAAGCUGAUAUUCGUGUUCAUGAGUUUUUUAAGACACCGUAUUUCAAGUCAGGGAUCCACCCUCUUCCAGGUGCUCAGACAGCUCUUCAGAAUUUAUCAAGAUUUUGUAGCCUAUCAGUUGUAACAUCACGGCAGAAUGUAAUUAAGGAUCACACUAUUGACUGGAUAGAGAAGAAUUAUCCUGGACUGUUUCAUGAGAUUCACUUUGGUAACCACUUUGCUCUUAAUGGGGUGUCAAGAUCAAAGUCAGAAAUUUGUAGGUCUUUAAAUGCCAAGGUUCUUAUUGACGAUAAUCCACGAUACGCCGUAGAGUGUGGUGAUACCGGAAUUAGAGUGCUACUUUUUGAUUAUGAAAACUCGUACCCUUGGAGCAAGAGUGAGUCUGUUGAUCAGCACCCUCUGGUGACCAAAGUUAAGAACUGGGAAGAAGUGGAACAACAGUUAAUGUCGUUGAUCGCUUCGUAGAUUUUAAAUCCUGUAACAGGGAUUUGUGGAAAGUUAUCCUUUUCUACAAGUACAAGAAGUGCUGGGAUAAUUCUUAUGUUUGAAAUAAGAUAUAUAUUCUUGGGAGUUUGAAACGGCUGCUAGGAGGGGUGGCAAGUAGGCUGAGGUUAAAGAAAUAUAAAUCAACAGGGUUAUAUUCUUUUUCCCAUUUUGGACAACAUUAAGGAAGAUUGGAAAAGGAAGUUGUUCCUUAUGGUGGAAAUUAUUGUGAUUUUAGCAUAUAAAUAAUUAGGCAAAGAUUUGUUCACGCCCUCCAUGAAUGUAGCUGGUAAAUCCAAGUCACAUUGGUAGUACCAUCUUACAAAAUGAAUCAUACCCGUUAUACACAAAAUUUCAAAUUGUACGAUUUCUGAUGUUGAAUAAUGAUUAUACACAAUAUAGAAGUCCAUACCCAUCAAGGGUU